AUGCAGGAGCACGUCCUGCAGCGCGUGCUACUGGAGUGGCUCAAGCUCGACCCUGUCGCAACUCCCUCGCCGUGUCGAGCGCUGUGGCCGCACUGGACCGAUCAAGAUAAGCAGCAAGUGAAGCUCCGCGUGCUCAGCCUCAACGCCUGGGGUUUGCCUGUAGCCCCCAAGUGCACGGAGCGCGCCGUGAAUAUCGCCAAUGCUAUUUCUAAUGCCUAUGACCUGGUUGUGCUGCAGGAAAUCUGGCACGUUCGCGAACGGAACUUGAUCAUUGCUAAAGCUCAGAAGAAUGGAUUCCAUUACUACCACUACUUUAAUUCCGCUGUGGGGUUUCCAUUUCCAAUGGGUGCCGACUCAUUUGGCACGGGACUGUUGGUCUUGUCGACGUUUCCCGUCUCAAGUGCUCUUUAUCACUCUUUUGGGCUCAGCGGACGGCCGUACGCCCUCCACGAGUCGGACUUUAUUGCGAAUAAAGGUGUGGGUUUGCUCCGGGUCGAAACCCCUGCAGGACAAAUUGAUGUGUACGCGACGCAUUUGCUGGCCAACUACAAUAGUCGAGGAGAACCGGGGCCAGGUGAUUUCUAUCAAUCGCAUCGAGUCGGUCAGAGCUACGAACUUACGCAGUUUAUCUUGGCGACAAGUCGCAGCGACUUGACGAUUGUAUGUGGCGAUUUUAAUUCGUCGCCGGACUGUUUGGAGCUAAAAGUGCCGCGACAGUUGCUGUGUCUUCGAGACGCGUAUACCGACACGAACGAUGAUGAAAAUGGAUUAACGUUUGCGUCGCCUGACAACAAGUACUCACAUGGUGAACAUCCAAUGCGGAUGGAUUACGUCAUGUAUAGGAUCAAUCGACAGCACGAGCGCGAGUCGAAUUGGCACUUGGUGAAAAGCAGUAUCUUUAAGGAAUUUUUCAUUGAUGCUAGAGGGGACACGACGCCCUUGUCGGACCAUUUUGGAGUCAGUGCCGAGUUUGUGUUUAGUGAAGCACGACCACACAUUUGUGAACGAAAGGCGGUGAACGCUGAGGUGCUACCCUUGGACGGAAAAGGAUCUCUGAAGGCGACAGUAGUCGCUCAUUCUUGUCCGACUACAACAUGCUCUUACUGUGACAAACAAGAGCAAGAUCAGAGCGAGGAGGAAAAGGCUGCAGCAGAUGUCGCGUGCCUUCGAGAGGUACUGAAUAUGUUGCUCGUUGGUCGCAACGGGGCGAUUAUGGCUCGACGAACUCGGCUUUGGCGUGCUGUGGCCUUCUUCGCAGCAGCACUUGCGGUAUGUGUGACCCAUGUGAUGUCGAUCAUGGUGUCAAGGUGGUCUUGGGCAGCCGUACUGCUGUUCGGCAUAAUCAGUGUGGCCGAGUACAUCCUGACGUUCUUCUUUCUCACAUUCGAGUGCUCGACGUUCACUGAACUCACAAAUGAAGUGCAAUUGGAUCUUCACGUGCACACGCAGCGAAAGAGUGAGAGGCUUCGAGCGAAAGCGCGCAAGGCCUGA